CAGACUGCAGACCACGAACGGCUGACAGUCAUCCGCAUCAGAAUUCAGUCCCACACCGGUUCCCCUCUCCCCUCCACGUAUCACUGGACUGAAGAGAUCCAACACCACCGACGCUGGGACAGUCACCAUGCGCCACGUGGCGGCGAGUUGGGCGACCCACGGCUCGCCGGUUCCCCUGAGGCUCCCUCCCACGUGUCGCCCCCAAGACUAUGGCGGAAGAGAUUUGGCCAAAACCAAACGGGGAGGGAAUACGAAAGGAGGACCCAGAGCAGAUGAGAUGGCGCGCCCCAGGUCGGUUCGACACGUGGCGCUCUGUCACUACCACCACUACUCUCUCUCUCUCUCUUCAUCUCUCGCCUCAUCAUCCCAACCAGGAAGGUGUACGUGCUGCUUCCUCUUCAGAAGGUCGCUCUCCGUCUCUUCAUCGUGUCACUGUCACGGGGAGGUGUUAGCUAGCUAUGGAUUGGGAGAGUCGUAGCGCGAUUUCGAGCUCGACAGAGGGGGAGGGGGAGUUGGCGGAGGUGGAGGCGAAGGCGAAGGCGAAGGCGAAAGCGGUGGCCCCGCCUGAUCGGAUGGUCAAGAUUGAGAUGGAGGCGGCUGAGGCGCUGGCGGAUUUGGCCCAUCUCGCCGCCGGAGGGACCGAGAGCGGGAGCAGGAGCAGGAACAGGAGUAGGAGCAGCUCUGGCGGGAAAGUGGCUGGGAGGGCGAGGAAACGAGUCAAGACCGAGUCGUCGUUGAGUCAUUCCGGGUUGAACCUGGUGGACUUGUCCCUUUCGCGUCCAGAUCUCGCGCAGGGAGACGGUAAUUGGAAUCCCAUUUUCCAGUCUUUAAGGAGAAGAUGGUCACUCUCGUAUGUGCAAGCGCAGCCUGACCUUAGAUCAAAGGACUCUGCUGUCUUGUCUCUGCCGCAGCAUGAAAAGUCACGUGAUAAUUCAAUGAGUAACCGUGCAAAGUCUGAGCAGCAGGCUCAACCUUCGAAUCAAAGUCGCGUAUCCACCACAGGUCACGUGUUCCUUGGCGGUGGCAGGUCAAGGCAGAAUUUAUCUGAGGCUGAAAAGGAAGCAAAACGGCUUCGUAGGGUUUUGGCAAACAGGGAGUCAGCUAGGCGGACAAUUCGUCGCCGACAGGCUCUGUGUGAGGAGUUAACCAGAAAGGCUGCUGAGCUAACGGAAGAAAAUGAAAAAUUGAUAAAGGGAAAGGAGGCGGCUUUGAGAGAGUUGCAGAUGCUCGAGACCAGAAAUAAGCAACUAAAAGCAAAGAUGGCAAAGGCUGUUAAAUGUGAGGUGGUGGGAACCACAUCUGAGAUAAUGCCUGCCAGCGGAGAGAUGCCUGCUUCAUCUCUAAACUUCCUGAUGCUCUUGCAUAACAAUCCGUUAGCACCUGUUGUUUGGCCUCCAAUAUUUCAGUCUCCCAGCACAGGCCAAGCACAUCAAGUUCCGCCGACUCUUCCCUUCAUCCCAGCAAAUGUUACCACUGAAGCAUCUUUCAAGCCCCAUCCACCUCAUGAGCGGGGCCCAUUGAAUAUUUCUGGACCAAGAACUCCUGUAUAUAUACUUCCAUGCCCGUGGUUCUUCCCUUUUCCUAAUCAAGUGCAUCAUUUUGAGUCUUCUCACUGCCCCAAAUCUGAUCGAGGUGACAAACCUGUAGAUGAUCAACAUGGUGCUACUUCCACCCGAACAGCUGUAAGUUCCGAGAACUGCGACUCUUCAUUUCCUGCUUCAGCUGAAACAGAAGCUCCAGGUCCAAUUAGACUUGGUCUUCUUAAUGAUCUAAAUCAAAUCCCGGUUGAGUCCCCUGUGGAUCAAGGUUGCCAGCAAGUGGGUCUUCAGUGUGAAGAGGCUGCUUCUGAACCCAAACAGGCAAGCUUCAUGGGAACUGAAACUGUGAGGCAUGAGAUUGAAUCGGAGCCUCAUCCAGCAAAUGGGACAAACGUUGUAGAGGCUCCUUCAUCAGCUGGUCUUACAACUUUGUCGGUGGAGCAUAGAGAAUCAGUGACUGCCUCUGGUGAUAAAAAGCUAAUCAGCAUGAAUGCGGCAGCAGAGGCAAGGAGGAGAAGGAAAGAGCGGACAAAGUUAAAGGCCAUGCAUGGGCGGCAGUAUUGAUUGCAUUGUUGAGAUACUGUGGCGAAGCAUAAGUUGCACAUUAAAAAAUGGCACCAAAGAGGUCCCAAGGGUAUUCUCGGCAUUUGGAAGCGGAUGUGUUGGCGAGAGAACUCGGCUGAAGUGGUUCUUGAAUGAUUUUCUUUGGCUUAGGAACUGAGGUGAUGAUGCCUUUCGAGGGGAAACGAGUCUAAGCUCUGGGUAAAGACUCAGCAGCUGCGAGGCUAUCCUUUUGAGGAAUUUUUCCAGGGCGGCCACCGAUUUUGUAGAGAUCUUUAGCUAUCUAUUAGAGGCUUAAGCUUAGCUGAAAGCAGCUUUAGAGGCUUAGAUUAUACCCGUUAGCAUCUCAAUUGGGAUUCACCCCGAUAUCCGAAAGCACAAUUGGGCCCAACUAAUCCAAUCGAGCUAGAUCGGCCCACUAAGGAGUAAAGUUUUCCUAGAUCUUGAUUAAUAUGCUGUUUCCAUAUUCUUCUUCUUCUUUCUUUUUUUUUUCCUCACAUUGUCAAGAUCUACAGAAUGUGGGAAUCUGCUUUCUGUGUACACUAUACCAGUUUUCCUAGGGGAAAAUAUUUAUGAGGGAUGCAGUGUUAUUUCGUCUUUUGGUUGUUCGUGUUUGAUUGAUUUUGUAAGGUGAAAGAACUCUUUUCG